AUGACGGGCGGCACCCCGCCGGUUCUUCCUGGACCUGGGGUGCAGGGAGCGGCGCCGUCGCCCACAAACGGCGUGCCGGAGAGAGGCGGCUCGGCGCCUGUCGCGCAGGGUGGUGGUGGUGGCGGCGGUGAUGCAAAGGCCGGCGGCAACGACGACAAGGCCAGGGCGUACAGGGCGCUGCUGGAUCUGGUGCAGAAGACGGAUGCGUCGGUGGUUCGACAGGUGGUGAGGGAGCACUGGGGGAAGUGCCUGGCUGGGUCAGACUAUCACUCGAGCUUUAUUGCCAACGCUGCAAUCAACUACUCGAAUCCAGGCGUCAUCAGCCGGACUAUGCAAGAUCUUGGUGAAAAGGUGAUCAAGGCGUCAAAACGUGAGCUCGCCAAGCACUUCACCGGACAAGAUCUGGAUGAGAUUGCAGAUCUCAUCGGGCCCAAGCUCAGCACGCAUUUUCAAGACAGGGUCAUGGCCACGCGUCUGGAGACCAUCGGAGCACAAGACCUUAUCAAUGCCUUGGCUCGAGCAGAGCGCCUCGGCUACCACAUCAACGACAUUGUCAAGAAGAAACCCGGCACCGGAGGCGAGAGCGUCAUCCCGUCCAUCAACACGCUCAUCACGUCGCUGCCGCCGCAGAUGCCGCCGCACCAGAUGCAUGGAGGAGCCCCCCCGCCCCCGAUGCCACCACACCCGGGCCAAGGACCCCCACAGCAGCCUCAUCAUCCAGCUUAUCCGCCUCAUCCACCUCAGCAAUACGGCGUGCCCCAAACUCAUCAGCACCCCAACCCCAUGCCGAUGAAUGGUGCAGCUGUUCCUCAUAGACCGCCCGCUUCCUCCCAGCCGCCGCCACAAGCUGCGACCCCCAGGGGACGGCCAGGUCCGGCGGCUCGCAUAGUCUACUGUAGCACGUGCCAACGUCCUUGCAGCAGCCAAGAGGCUCUGAAUUAUCAUCACAAGAGGGCCAAGUGCCACAUGCCGAAGCAGGCUGAGAAUUCCAACGCGGAUACGUGCAUUCAUUGCGGCUCCUUAUUUGAAAGCUCAGGAGGCCUCGCCUAUCACCUGAAGAGCGACGUCUGUGGAGUACACACUGAGGCGACGCGACUGCAGAUGGUUGAGAUGUUGAAACCGUGGGAACGGAUGCGACAGCAGACCGCGAGCCAGCCACCCAGCACAUACGUUGCUCCUCCUAGCUAUCAAACGACGCCCAGUCAGCCAGCCGGUGCUACUACACCUGCUGCCAAAGCAUUUACAACCCCGAGCCAUAACGCGGCCACUCCCGUGGCGACACCAAGCCCCUCGGGCAACGACCCCUACGCGAAGCUUACCCCAGACCAACGAAGAGCGUUUGACUUGGAAAUGAAACAAGUCGACGACUAUUACCUCGGUCAAAUGCGUGAUGCCCAAGCGAGGCUGCCGGCCGGGCCCCGUGAAGAGGAACUCGCCAAGCUUAAAAAUCGCUACAACACCAAGCAGAGCAUGACGAGGAAGAAGUAUGGAAUCCGCCUCCGCGGACGGCGCGCCGACACUGAUGCUGACCGCUCCUGGAAUGGCGGCUCAGGGGACUCUGGGCAGGCCGCAAAGAAGGCUCGCACCGAUGAUGGACAAGCCAGGCCAACGCAGGCUGCCAGUCAAGUCGUGGAGUCCCCGCGUAGGAGGGUCCCUCUCGCUGAAAUGGGAGGGCUAGGAGCGUCUUCGGCUACUGCUGAGCUGGUUGAUCCCACAACGUCGUCUGCAAACUCUCAGCCACCACCUCCGACUCCGGCACAGAACCAGCCGACAACACGGCCUCCCCCGUCCAUUCAGGUGGCGAUACCGGCCCCUACACAUCAUGGAACACACGAUGAUCCCAUGCAGAUCGACGACAAUGAAAGCACGGACUCUGACAACAUGGACAUUCCGGCUAGAAUCAAGACGACCUAG